AUGCCUGACAGCGGUUCCUCCGGCUCCUACCUUGAUGAAUCAUACAUUCAUAUACAAGCUGAAUCCCCAAGUGAUCGUUCUACGGCAGCCUCCUACGAACGUUUGGAUGACAUCCCCAUCCGGGAAGACAUCGUCCAUCCGAAAGGCAUACCCUUCCCUGCACGACGCACACCCCACACUAGUGAUGCACAUACUAAACCACAUCAAUCGCCUCCCAUCGAAUCUCCCCCAAAAGGCCUCCCCGACGAACACAUCCAACACAACCGUCACUCGGAAGUAAAUUCCCAAAGCGAAUCUGCUUCCGCACCGCCCUCCCCACCUCGAGGUCCUGCAGACCUUCGUCUCUCAGUGAGCACCCUAUCACUCAGUCGUCCUCACGGACAUCACCACAGCUCAGACCGCGACCGUGAUCAUGACCGCCCGCGUCGUCGCCACACAUACGACUCCAACCAUGACCGUCAAAGUGGCGGGAGCGGCCAGCACGGCCGUAGCGGACGGCGCCACACUAGUUCAUCCUCCAAACAAAAACAAUACCGAGAGUAUGAACGCAUCCUCCUCUCCGUUUCAUCGCACUCGAAGGACAUGCGUCAAGUCCUGGCUGCCGCCCUGGACCAGCUCGAGGACUCUCGCGCUCGUGCUACCCGCGCUCAGCGCCUCGCCCUUGAACUCACACAACGGACCCGUGAGGCAGACGAUGAGCGGUUAUCUGUCACGCGUCAGGGAGGAGUGACUCGAGAGGAGCUGGGGAUGUACAAGGUCCAGUUGGCCAAUGCCCAGGCGCAGCUUGAUAGAGCUCAGGAGAGGCUGAAGCUUCACGAGGAGCAGCGGAGGGAUGCAGAGGCCGCGGCAGCCAGAGCAAGGGAUACGGCGAGGAAAUUGGAGCAGGAAAGGCUGGUUUGGCGAGCCAGAGAGGAGGGUAGGAGAUUAGGAUUCAACGAGGGGAUCAGGGCGGGAAAGAGAGUCGGGUUUUACAAUGGUCGGGAGGAAGGGUAUGACGAAGAGCGGAGGCGGAGGCCUCUUCGGGUGAUUGACGAUGAUCGUAGCAUUCAGGACGACGGACUGGUCAUGGUGGAAGGCGGUGGGCUCGAGGAGAGAUAUGAUGGCUAUCCACUCUAUGACGACCCCGUCCCAGAAGAAACAGGCCCUCCAGGUCUCAACGACCGAGAAAUCCCAUCCCAGAACGACCUUACAGUUCCCGGCCCUGCUGACUCUGAAAUCAUCGAAGAAAUACAAAUACAUCCUGACACCCCUCCCUCACGUCACCAACUCUAUCGCCCUCGUCGUCGGGCUUCCGGGUCUGGUUCGGAGUCUGGUGCAUCCACGACAACGCUCCCUAUCGCGUCAAGAGACUUCAACCUCAAUAAUCUCAGCGCACAGACUCGUGCCCCGCGUAUUCCGACACCCAACAUACCUUCGGUGAUCCCCGAAGUCGUUAACACGGAACCAAGUAGCUCAAGAACUCCGUCGAGGCGCGGAAGCGGUUUCGUGGACGAUGAUGGCGUAAAUGUCCACCGAACAUCCUCCCAACGCUCACAUCAAUCUCACCGUUCCCACCGCUCUGAACGUGGUGCUUCUUCUAUUCCCGCACCAUCCGAUUCAUCGCAGCCUAUACCCGUUCCGAUAACGCCAGAGAGCAUGUUUGGGUAUGAUGAUCAGGAAGGUGGUUAUGUACGAGGGCCACCGCCACAUUCUUCGCCUCCAGUUGUAGUCAAUGAUCGAGCGAAUGCUGGCUCUACUCCGGGACCACGAAUGGCUCCUCUCCGUCGUGAAUAUGCGGAAGUUGCUGCCAGUGAUGGCGGAGAUCUGAGUGGUGAUGAGUCUGUGAGGAGAACGAGGAGCGGGCGGAGAGUCGAUGGAAGGGAUAUUGCGGAUUAUAUACGAGGAGAUGGAGCGAAUGAAGAGAGGAGGGCAGCUGCUGCGAGGGCCGCUCGUUCUCCUCCACGCACUGGUCCUCCGCGCCCCCGUCCGGUCAGACUCAGCGUACCAGCACCGCUCGCACCUAGCCAAGACUCCGGUAGCGCGACUGAGACUCCACAGACUCAGCACCGCUCAAGGAAUCAGUCUAUGUCGUCGACUGGUAGUUGGAAUACGCAUCGACGGCAUCCCUCGGCCCCUCAGCCUCAUAUGGGGGUUUCAUCACCGCCACAACAACGACGGGCUCCGCCACCAUCCGUGCAACAGCAGAUGCCUCCGCCUCCACAGCCGUAUGUGCCUCCAUCACCACAGCAGUACGUUCCUCCACCACAGCAACAGUACGUCCCACCACCGCAGCAACAGUACGUUCCACCACCACAACAGCAAUAUGUUCCACCGCCGCAACAACAAUUUGUUCCGCCCCCACAACAUCAACCGAUGCAGUCGACUUCCCGGCGGCCUUCCGUGAAUAAUGGUUGGAAUCCGUAUACGACUCCCACUGGAGAAGCUUCUGCGACGCCGGGAUCUGGGCAGUCUACUGAACCUAUCGCGAUCGCGAUUCAGACUCCUUCCGGAUCCACACCAAGUCAACCCCAGAUGAACUCCGACGCCGACGAGGAAUACCUCACCUCAAAAUACAAACCGCCACAGCUACCCACGCCUUCCUCCACGGCCGGCCGUUCGCCCUCCGCUCUUUCGCACCCGUACCCACAGCGGCCCGACGAGUCUUCGUCGACAUUCUUCGCUGGAGCAGGACCGGACCAGAGUUUCAGAACACAUACUCCUGAUGGUUCAACGUAUGGUAGUGGCAGGGGUGAUGGUGCAUGGAAUAAUCCUGGUCAACGGAGAGAUUCUCGUGCGGAUGUGCCGAGUUGGGAGAGGGGGUACGCAGGGAGUCAAAAUGGGGACAACACGAAUUACAGCAACCAUUCGGGGAGUGUCAAUGGUCCUGGUUCUGGUUCCCGGUAUCCAGAACGGGUCCAACCAUCGAGGUCAUCUGGACACCUACGCCAAAAUUCGGUGCCUCAAGCGACAUCAUCGGGGAACGGUAAUCCUGUCCAAGUUUCUCGGUCGGCAUCGACUUCGAGUGCGAUGAGUGGGAGAGGGUAUCCCCAACAUCAGCAGGCGCAAUAUGCGCCGUCUGGCUCGAGCACUGGGAGGCCUGAGGGAAACCGACCUAGGUCUCCUUUCUAUGCCGAACCCGGUCCUGGCAUGAAUGGGUACGGUGGUUCGCAGGCACCAGCACCAGGUUCAAGCGUGCCGCCCCCACAUUCUCCGUCCCAGCAGAGUUUCUCUCAACAAGGCUCUUACCCCUCGGGCUUUGUUCCUGCACCAUCGACUUCCUCAUCUCAUCAUUCCCGUUCCAACUCUCGUUCCCAAGCUCCUCAACCUCAAUCAUCGCAGCCAUACCCACAACAAUACUCCCAGCCUACUCGGGUUCCUGUAUCCUCCUCCAGCAAUCACUCUGCACAGCAAUACGCGGGAUCCGUAGGAAACAGCAGUAACAACGGGGCUGCAGGUUACGCCCCUUCAUCUUCUCGAAGUCGGCAAGAUAGGCCUCCUCCAGGUCCUGGACCACCCCAACCUGGCAGGCCAUCUUCGCCCAAUAUUUACGCACCUCAUCAAAGCCAACCGCAAAGCCAAAGUCAGCAUCAGCGUUAUCAGAUACCGCCACAGGGUUCACACCCAUCUCAGCAGCCGGGUCCGCAUCAAUAUGCAGGGUCGAUGACGGGUCCGUCUUCGACUGACGGGAGGGUUCAUUAUGGCAACGCAAAUGAAGGCCGGAGAGCAGCUUCGCCUUCGAAUUUGUCAGCAUCGGGAGCGGGGGCAUCGACAUCGAGAUUUUAUGGCGGGAAUCCACAGGUACCAAAUGCGAAUGGAAUGCCGGCGGGACAGCAACCGGUGUCUUAUGCCUCGCAAGGGCCGCCUCCGCCACAGAGUCAUCCGAUAUAUUCUGCUCCGCAGGGCCCGGGAUCUGCGCAGGUUUCAGAACCUUCGCGAUCUGCUUCGACGCGUUCUCGUUCGGGCAGUGAGGCUCCUCUCCCUCACCCUGAGCCGUCCGUUCACAGGUCGCCCUAUCGCGGACCUACUAUGGCCCCCCCUUCACCCAGAAGGCAGAUGGCACGCUCACCUUCACCUAGACGCUCGCCUCGUCCGGCACCUCCUGUCCUACCAAUACCCGUACCUGGGAAUGCCUCAGCUGUCAGCCUCGCUCAAACAGUGCCCUACUCUGGCCAAGCAGGACCUUCAUCGUCCGUCUACCCCGAUCCCAGUUCUAACUCUAGCCCUCCUAGGGAAGGGGGUGGAAUCUUCCGUCGCUUGAGUAAGAAGGACAAGAAGAAGGACAAGGGCAAACAGAAGGUUGACAUCAAUCGCAUCUCUGCGCCCAUCUCACCCGUCAUUGGUGCUGCGGGCGUGUAUCCCUCUCCACGCGCUUCUCCGUCUGGUUUUGGGAGCAGGUCACCUAGCCCUGUUCCAGGGCUGGGAAUGUCACUGGCAGCGGGUGGAUCGCCCUUUGGGUCGGAUAUAUCGUUGCCGAUGAGGCCGGGAAGUCCGUAUAAGCAUUACAAUCCAAACGAGUCGUUGGAUAUCUCAGGGCUGGCGAGCGCGAGCGCUGAGAAGCUAGCGAUGUAUCCGUAUCGGUGAGCGACACUCGUUGAGAUGUGUUGUCCUCAAAGUAUAUGCGCUCUGAAUGUCGGCGCUGGCGCUACUCCAUUGCUAUCCAAAUGAGUCUCGAUUCUGUUACAUGUUUCACAGUUCCGUACAGUAGUACUGGCUUAUUUAUGCUCAAAUGUUUGUCUACCAUGUAUCAUGAUGUACUAAUAUCCUUCAGUCGGCAAUUCGUCCAAAUGUAUAUCGUUUACCUUUUCCCACCGUGCCAGUUUGAUACCACCUGUAACACUUUCUGUCCCAGUUACUAUGACAAGUGCCUUCCUUCACGCUCUCCUGCUUUGCUACCAUGUUUUGCUUUACGAGCUGCCGGAUUACUAUAUAC